AUGGCCGACUCGUUCACUCUCCCUUUGCGUCCGCUUGUCGAGAAGCGAGAGCGACCCGACACUCUGCCCGUGGAGAUUGCCCAAAUCAACAGCCAGUGGGGCUCCUUUCGGGAUGUCAAUGAGGAUGUUCUCCGAGCCAGAAUCGAGGAGGAGAAAGAGAGAGACGGCGUUCUGGAGGCGGAGGAGCGUGAAAAAAAUGGCGCAGAGUUCGAUAUGACCGAGCGGUUAGAGCAAUUGUAUAAGCGGCGCGCCGAGAUCACUCAAUUCGCUAUGCAAGCUCACAUGGAGACCAUGUUUGCCCUCGAUUUCGUCUCACUAGUGCUCUCGAAGCACGCCCCCCGCCAGGCCGAAACCUCCAUGUCCGCGUUUCUGAAACAAGUCGCGCCCCUGGGAUCUCUCGACACGGAGGUUGUCAGUCCUCGACCGAAGCCAGAAACAGCAUCCAAAGACGUUUCAGCUGUCUCGCGCGGAUGGCGAAUCCAAAAUUUUAACGCUGCCGCAAACAAACUGCUGAACGCUGCUGCCAGACUCGAGGGUGAGGUCGCAUCGGAGACCCGAUAUUGGAACGAGACCCUGGCCGUCAAGGACAAGGGAUGGAAGGUUUCCCGGCUUCCUCGCGAAAGGCAGGCACUGGGAGUGCAGUAUGGGUUUCUUGAAGCCACGCCCGUGUUCCGCGACCGUGGGCUCGCUUCUCUACUCCGAGCCGAGGAUGGUGCUUUACUUCUGGACCGAGGUCUCGUUGCUUCUCAAGCUCGCUUCGUUCGCGUCCGAGUGAAGCAAAAUGGUGGGGUUUCUGGCGGCUCUACGUUAACGCACCCGGGAUACAAUAUCGGGGAGUCGAUCGAGGGCCGCAUUCUACAAGCGCGCGACGCCGUUUACGAGGAAGAACUCUUCCAUGAGCUUGUUCGAGAAGCUAGACUUAUGGCUACCUAUGGCGUGACACUGCGACAGGAUCUCAUUCGAAUCCCCGCUGCGGACGACUUGGAAAUCGUGCUGGAUUUGGUGGAUGCCACUGAAGCCACUUUCCACUCUGGGCCAGAAUCAUCUCAGCAUGACUCUCUACUGGCCGAUGGGCUGGCACACUCUAUUCGACUACUCCUUGCCUACGCUCAUCGCCAAAAUCUUCGACGUCGCACCCAAGUCCCGCCGCCACUGACCCCCAAGAAACGAACCACCCCGGAAUACCAUCUUCUUCGGCCGGCUCUGGCUUAUCUUCAGCACAUGUCCAGCGUGCGAUGGCUGGAAUCUUUCUUGGAAGAUAUCUUUGGCGUUCUGCGAUCGGCAGGUCUUGAAACUUCGGGGUACAAUGCCGAUGUCUUUGAAACGUGGAAACGUCCGCACGCUUCGCGCUCUGCCCCAGUAGAGGCAGUUAUUGAACAAUUCCUCACACCAAUCGAGUCGACUUUCACCGGAAAGCUUCUCACUCCUCAAUCUUCAUUCACCAUCACCGUCCGCACAAGCCUUUCCUCGCCGCCUUUCGGAACCAACUUUGAUGUGUCCUUCGACUUUUCCAAAUAUCCCGACCUUAAGUCUCCUGGUCGCCUUGGGGUGGAGGAUGAAGUCCAAGUUGCCCUCACCCAUCUUUUACUGCUUGACAUCGUCUCUAUGAUAUCAUCUGAUGAUCUCUUCGCCUUAACGGCUGAUGGAAAGGACCCCAAGGACACGCGGCGAUGGGAGGCGGUAUACCCGCAUCUGGGUGAGCUCCUGCUAUCUUCUUCAAAUCCUGAGAAGCAUCAGAAGAUGAAAGUUACCAUAUCACGCCAGGGCCUCUCCGUCGAAACCUACCUGGUGCGCAACAUCGACGGAAUCGGACGUGGCGCAUGGGAACUACGUUCAACCCACCCGCAGGCCAAGACCUGGAAAUCACCUUCGUCCACCGAUAAGCAAGCUGAGCAACCCUCGCUGAUUGAGUUUGUUUCUGCCGAGACAUCGGCACCGGCUGACGAGCGAUAA